CCCAUAUAUUCAGCGCUCGUAGCACAUCGCAUUUCACAUUCUAAGUUAACGUUGUUCACUAUACUCACCGCCACAUUUUUUUCGUGUUAAAAAUGCGAUCAUUCAUCAGUGUGGCUUUCUGUUUGGUCUUGCUGUUGGCCAUUGUUGGUGCUCAGCCAGCGAAUAAUCAGCGCCCCAACGAGGAGUAUAGGGCGUGCGGUUCAGCGUGCCCGGACACGUGCGCCUCGAUCAAGCAGAAACCCGGCAUGUGCGUUGCCCAGUGCAUUAGUGGAUGGUUUUGCAAGAGUGGAUACGUUCGGAAUGCAGCCGGAAAGUGUGUUUUGCGAUCGCAGUGUCCUUGAGAAGGAGCAACUUAAAAAUAAGAAUUUGAUCUAGGCUACGAUCAAAUUUGCCUCAUUGGCCAUAUUUUUUUUUAGUAAGAAUUUGACCAGCACCAUUAACUAAAUAAAUCAUACUAGGAACAUGAUAUUCUAAAUGCAUUGUUUUAACCCAUCAG